UUGGCACUCUAUUCAUUAUAUCACCCACCUGCCCUAUGACCAUUUAUAAUAUUAAUUAAAAUUUUUAAAACAAUUUAUAAAUUAAAUAAUAGAGAUAUUCUUUGUUGCUAUUUUGAAAACUGUAGAUAUGUACAUAUAUUUAAGUAUCUCAGCGUAGUUUAUUUUGUUUUUUUCUUUUCUGAAAUGGCAACUAUGAAGGAAGACCCCCAAAGUCUUCAAUGAGGAGAAAGUAGGGCAGAUAGCCCCAGAAGUGAGAGGUUGAGGACCCUGCCGCCACCAGAGAUUCCUUGCAUAAGGAAAGCCAUUGUCCUCUGCCAGGCUUUUUGGGGAGUUCCCAUGGAGACCUUGGGGAGUGGCUAGAAAGGAGCACGGGUUAGAAUUUGCUACAUACUGGUACAGCGAGGCAGCUCCCUUCAGCAACAACAGAAGAGUCUGGAACACAGGACCCUUAGGACACAGGAGAAGCAGCUUUCAUGGCUCCCUGCCAAAUCCGGAGAUACCAGGACCAGGACUGGCAUGUGGUGAGGGCCAUAUUUGCAGAGGGAAUUCUGCAAGGAGUAGUUCCAACCUUCCAGCACUGGCUGAAGCAGCCCCGAAGCUUCAUGCUCCUGCUGGGGGGUGCGGGGGCCCUGCUCCUUGGCUCUGGCUCCCUCCUCCUGUCUGUCCUGGGCCUCCUGGGCCUCCUGGCUGCCCUGUGGCUGGUCACUCGGUAUCCCUUCUCCGAUUAUGUAGACCACGCUUUGCACACUGACAUGUGGGACAUUCAGGCAUCCUACCUCAAUGACAGAGGAUCCGGUUUCUGGGUGGCAGAGUCAGGGGGUCAGGUGGUGGGCCUGGUGUGUGCGCCAGCACAAGAUGCUUCAGGACACAAACAUCUGGAGCUGCUCCACUUAUCUGUGAGACGGGAGCACCGUGGCCAGGGCAUCGCCAAGACCUUGACUCAGACGGUGUUCCAAUUUGCCCAGGACAGGGGCUACAGUAGCAUCGUCCUGAGCACCAGCAGCUUGAAUUACCCAGCGAGAAGACUGUACGAGAGUCUUGGCUUCCGGAAAUCCCACGAAACGCUGACAGCCCCCACGUGGUGCAUCACAGCCUUUACUAUGGUUCAUUACCAAUAUUUUUUGUCCCUCUCUUCCUGAAAGGCACUUGGCCCAUGUCAGCUUCUUGGC